AAUAAACAAAUAAACAAAUAAACAAUAACAAUGGAUGAAUUGAUUAUUGAUGAAUGGAAUGUUGAAAUGUCCCUACUUACGCCCACACCGCUUGCCUUCAAUUUCCCCCCUUUCUCAAAAUUAACAGCCAUUGGGGAAGAAGGCCAAGGCUAAUCUCUUUCCUCCGCCUCCAUUUUCAUCCUCUUCCAUUUUCUCUCUUUCUCCCCUCCUUCUACAACAAUGGCUUCCGAUGCUCCUUCCACAACCUCCUCUCAUAAUCCUCCUCAAUUUUACUAUUGCUAUCAAUGCAAUGGCACCGUUUCUAUUUCCCCUUCUAAUGAUUCUUCCUCUGAGCUUUCUUGCCCCAAUUGUAAUGGCGGUUUUCUUGAAGAAAUCGAUAGCCCUAAUCCUGUUUCUACUCCGUUUUCCCCUUUUUUCUCUACCCCUACUUCUUCUACCGCCGAUCAACUUGCUCCGUUUGCCCCUUUUCUUUUUCCUCCUCCUCCUUCUACUUCUGUAGACCCUAUUGAUCUAUCUUCCAUUUUUGGUGCUUCCCAACCAAACCCUAGAUCCCCUUUUCAUGACGCUGAUGUCUUUAAUCCUCUUCAAUUUCUCCAGAAUUAUCUUCAAACCAUGCGUGCUGGAGGUGCCAACAUUCAGUUUGUUAUUGAGAAUUCUAACCCAGAUCAACCUGCUCCCAAUUUCCGUCUUCCUUCCAAUUUGGGUGAUUAUUUUUUUGGUCCAGGGUUAGAGCAAUUGAUUCAACAGCUCGCUGAGAACGAUCCCAAUCGAUAUGGGACUCCCCCGGCUGCCAAAAUAGCUGUUGAAGGUCUUCCAAAUGUUCAAGUCACUCAGGAAUUGCUAUCUUCUGAUUCUUCUCAAUGUGCUGUUUGUAUGGAUGAGUUUGAACUUGGUGCUGAGGCUAAACAAAUGCCUUGCAAACAUGUAUUUCAUUCUGAUUGUAUUCUUCCAUGGUUGGAAUUGCAUAAUUCUUGCCCUGUUUGCCGGUAUGAGUUGCCCACUGAUGACCCUGACUACGAACAAAGGGUUCGUGCUGGACGAUCCAAUCCUGGAUCUGAUGGCAAUGGUAAUGGCGAUGGAAAUGAUGAUGGUGGGUCCCAAGCAGGUUCUUCUAAUGAUCGAACCGUUGAGAGGAGGUUUAGGAUUUCCUUGCCAUGGCCAUUUGGAGCUGCUGCUUCUACAGCUGAGGGGAGUAAUGAUGUUAAUUCUGGUAGCCAAUCAAACCCAAGGAGGGACAAUCCAGACUCUGGAUCAGAAACUAGAUACGAAGACCUUGAUUGAUAUGUAAGGCCUAGGUAUUGACUGUUGACUCCUUAUGUUGGGAUGACGUGUUUAAGAGCGGGAUUGGUGGCCCUCACUUGAAAUCUUUGUUUUAUUUUGGCUGAUAGUAGACAACUAAGGCGCUGUCCUUCUCAAAAUAUUUUCUUUUCUUAUCAUUUAAUUCCAUUCACUUCAGUUCAGCCCAUCACUCUUAUAUUUCUCUUAAAUCUUUAUUACCUUUUUCACAUUUCACUUAAAGGCGAGAGGCUUUAUUAUUUUCUUGUAAUCACCAUUGGAGGCAAGUUCUCCCCAACUUAUCUGUCCUUCCCAUCACUUUUUAUUCUCUUAUGUUCACUGCUUUUCAGUCCUAGGAGGACAGGCGGUUAUCGUGUUCAUUUUGCUUGCCCUUGGUGGAAAAGACUGCCUAAUCUUAAGUGGGUUAGGCAUAUAGCUUUGGACGUCUUUUUCUUCUUUUUGUCAUAUGUGUAGUUUGGGCUGAAACUUUAAUUUUAGCUAAUAUAGAGGUUUGUAUCAUAUGGUGGCUGUAAAACGAAUGAAAUAGGAUUUAUUUCAUUUCCUUGUGUUUUAGAUUUAUACUUACGCUCCUCUGUUUGCAUUGUAUUGGGAGCUUAUUAUUUUCCUUCAAAUUAUUGAGUAGGAUGCAUUUUGUAUAAAAGAUCCGUGAGGUUUUUAUUGUCAUUAACCUGUAUGUACAAGUACAACUGUAAAAACAUGGAAUAACUAAUUUUACAUGUUAAGCAGCCAAGACAGGUGAAUAAAUUUAGAAAUGAGUAUCGAAUUUCAUAGAACUAGCUUCACCCUUAGUCUGUUUAUUUUUAUAGGAAUAUGAGCAUAAUUUGUCAGCUAGUCUUUAUUGCAUGCUCUUUGGAAGUUAGCUUGUAUGGUUGAAGAUUUCCUAGUACUAUGAUUAAAAGGACAAGUACUGUACAUUGUCCUUGUGAAUGACUUAGGGGCUGUUUGAUUUCUAAUUGAAAAAGGGAAAGGAAUUGAGAAAGGAAAUAGGGAGGAGAGAAUCAAGGCAACUCUUCAAUCAUGUUUGGUUAUAGUAAGAAUUUUGAUUGGUCUUAUUUUGGAUUGUGGCUCGCAAUCUUAUUUUUCUAUUAAAGCCGAUGCUUCUCUUCUCUCCCAUGUUCUUUAACUACCAUUGACCACCACUAGCCUUCACGAAGUUCGUUUUUGAUGUUUAAUGGCUUAUAUUCCACCUUUUGAAAAACCCAUGAACGUCGUGACAUCAAGGUCUUGAGUUCCUCCUUUUCCCUUUAUUCUUCUCUCUCUCACCCCUCUGUAAUAUUUGCUUUCUCUCUUUGAUGGUCGAUUUUUUUGUUAGUUUUGGUCAUUUCCGUCUGUAUGGUGAUGCCAUAUUCUAGCUCCUCUAUCUCCUACUGAUGGACCUGUGUUUUGGUGUAUGAUGUUUCUAUUGUCUGUCUGGUUUUCAUGUAUGGAGAUGGGGGUGUGAUCGAUGGUGGUGGGCCUGGUUUUAGAGUUCAUUGAUGUCAUUCUCAGUUCAGAUUUACUCCUAUAAUGUUAGUAUUUAGUCGCCUUCUAUGUUUCGUUUCACAGUUCAUUGACGUCAUUCUCAGUUCAUCUGCUUGUAAUUGUAGUACUGUUACCAAUAUGAUUCCGUUUCUCAAUCUUGUAUCUGAAUGUUCCUGCAGGGUUCAUCUGUAAGACUUGGCAGAAAUAGGACGUUAUACAUUAAAGAUUAUCACGAGAUACAUUUUUAUCUUUGAUGGUAAUAAUUGUAGGUAUAAACUGUAAUCUCCUUGAAUCUCAAAAUUUGUCCAAUAUUGAAUGCAAAAAUUUUGUACUUGAAAUGUGUAAUCAUAUACUUUCCUUGGAACAACCUUUUAAAUAUUUGUGGUCAUUCAAAAUCUGAUGCGUUGUGUUUAUAUAUAUAGUCUUAGCUUCA